UUUUUCUUUCUUUCUUUUUUUAUUUAUUUAAUUUUUUUUUUUUACAUGAUUCCCAAUUAGGCUAUUUAUAGCCUAUUCAUGAUUUCUAGUAUUUGUACAGGUUUACAUUUUUAUGUCAGUGUUGUAAAUAGCAAUUCAUUUAAUUUUAUCUUUGAAGCAAAUUUCUUAUGUGACAGCGUUAAUUAAAGCUUCUUAGAGAUCCAGUUAUCUGCAUCUCUGCUCUCCAUCAAGCCACUCCCAUAAUAUCUGUCACCACUCAAAUUAAUGCACGAUUCAGACUUUAUAGCAUGUGUGUAAGACUCCAAUACAAUUAUAAAGUAAUUAUUUCAUCACUAAUAAAUCUUUCAAUGAGUAAAACUGGCUGUGUCUAUAGUAUUAUAGACUGCACAACAUAGUUAUAUUAUAUUGUUAUAAUAUUUUCAAAUUAAUUUUUAAAUUAUUAUUAUUUUAAAUAUUGUCCCUGGACCAGUUGGGUACUCUUGUAAUAAAGUAACGCUGGCUGGGAUAAAUUUUAAGUAUCAAUUCUGCUUAAAAAGAUGCAAUCUAAUCCUGUUUACAUGAAAUAAACCUGUUCGGGAGGUUUAAGCUUACGGACUCGUUGCUAUGACAGCAAGUCCAGGAUGAGCUUCGAAGAACCAAAUGAUCCCAGAUUAAGCGCAAUCGUCAACAAUCAAAUCCAGCUAACUGAGUUAGUGACGUACGAAGAACGGACCCCUGGUGGGGACUUAAACCUGAAUACACACAGACUCAUGGGGACUUGUGUCACAAUGGGGACCUAAACUGAAGUCCCCAUGGGUACAAAAGCUUAUAAAUCAUACAGAAUGAGUUUUUUUUUAAUGCAGAAGGUUUCCUGUAAGGGGUAGGUUUAGGUCUAGGGUUGGUGUAGGACAAUAGAAAAUAUGGUUUGUACAGUAUAAAAACCAUUACGCCUGGAGAGUCCUUACAAGGAUAGCUGACCAGACUGUGUGUGUGUGUGUUUAAUGAACUGUGUGAUCAGCUUCUGAGACAAACUGAAACCUGCAGUGGAUCUGACCUAUUUUUAUCUAAAUGUGGUUUUGUUUUGUUGAGUGGAUGGAAUAGCUUGUGUUUGUGUCUAUGUUGCAUGUGGUUGAAUGGCUUCUUCCUGUCCUUGUAACACGCACCACAGAUUUUGCCUGUUAAUAUAAACUAGAUAAAGUAAUAUAGAAAGAAGUAGUUAGUCUAUCAACACUAUUUAAUGCUACUUACAAUUAGGUAUCUAUUUGCCAAUGACUAUAAUAUUUAAUAGAGAAAUUAACCAUUACAAGAAAUUGUACUUUAGUAGGUUGCAGUUUGCACACUAGUGAAGUAAGAUACUUUACUUAUUUUAAUAUCAGCACCCUUAACAUGAUUGGCUGUUAUAAAUAAUAAAGAGAAGACAUACUUUCUACCAAUGGUUAAAUAUGUCGGCUAAGUAGAACAAAUGCAAAUGCACAGCUAGUGCGUCUGCACGCCACGUGGAGGGUGUGAAAUAGGGGAGGAUUCACACCUGGUCACAUUUCGAGUGAUGUUCUCUCAGACAGCACAGCAAACUGCUGAUAAAAAUGCUUCAUGGGAUUGUUUUGUUUGGUUUGGGCUUCUGGCGUCUUGUUGGUGUGUUUGGUGUUGACGCAGAUGAAAUCAAGUCUGUGUUGGUGAUGGAGGGAGAUUCUGUCACCCUGCCGACUGGUGUGACUAAAAUACAAGAGGACGAUCUGAUUAUGUGGAUGUGUGGAGACGAUUGUAUCGCUAAACUCAACAUAUCAUCCCAAGUCAUCUCUGAAACUCACAACAUCUUCAAAGACAGACUGAAGCUGGAUGAUCAGACUGGAUCUCUCAUCAUCAGAAACCUCAGAACCACAGAUUCUGGACUUUAUAAAGCACAGAUGAUUGGGCAAAAAGUUUUAAAGAAAACUUUCAAUGUUACUGUCAUUGCUCAUCUUCCAAUUCCUGUCAUUGCUAGUUACUGUCCUCAAAAUCCUUCACCAUCAGGAUCAUCAGCGUCCAGAUGUGUGCUGUUGUGUUCAGUGGUGAAUGUGGGUCAUGUGAAUCUCUCCUGGUACAAAGGAAACAGUUUAUUGUCCAGCAUCAGUGCGUCUGAUCUCAGCAUCAGUCUCUCUCUACCUCUGGAGGUGGAAUAUCAGGAUAAAACACCUACAGCUGUGUGCUCAACAAUCCCAUCAGCAACCAGACGAGACAUCUGGACAUCAGUCAACUCUGUCACACAUGUGCAGAAUGUGUCUGCUGUUGUAAUGCUACUGAAGCUGUAAUCCAAUUGGUCGUCUCUGCUCUGGUGGGCGUGGCUACUGUUGUUGUUCUGGUUUAUGAAAUCAGAUCCAGAAGAGCUGAACAGAGAAGAAGAGCUCUGAAA